AUGCUCGGAGUUUCCGCCUCUCUUGUGGACGACAUCAUCGACUUGGUCGUGCUGGGAUUAAAUCGGACUCGACAGGAAUUCCUAAAAGUCACAACCAAGGGCGAGCCUCCAUACAUUGAACUUGCUGCUUGGAGCGCAUUUACCAUUGCCGUGGCAACCGCAAGUGUAACGUGGACGGACGUAUUUGACCCGAUGGCUGCAGGCUCCGGGAUUCCUGAAAUGAAAAGUAUCAUUUCGUACGAUCAUCGCGAGGAUGCCGGCGAAUAUCUCCGCGCUCGCACACUCGUGUCCAAAAUUGGUGGACUGGCACUUGCUCUCAGCAGUGGUCUCUCUCUCGGCAAGGAAGGGCCGUUUGUUCACACGUCAUCCAUCAUUGCUCAUCGACUCAUGAAGCACUUGAAAUGGUUUCAUCGAAUCUACGAAAGCGACAUCAUGAGGCGGCACGUCUACAACGCAGCCUGUGCGGUAGGCGUGACCUGCACUUUCCGAGCUCCAAUCGGCGGCGCGUUGUUUGCUAUUGAAGUAACGAGCACAGUCUUCAUGGUUUCGAACUACUGGCGCGCCUUCGUGGUAUCAACCAGUGCUCUGCUAGCACGACAGACUGUCUACAUGGUUCACCAAGACUGGGUCGCAGCUUAUCACCCGAUGUUCCCCACGACUUUUGAAAUUGAAUCAUUCACCUUGGUCGAGAUCGUAGCAUUCGCGGCCUUGGCUGUUCUCACUGGUCUUCUCGGCGCCACUUUCGGCCGCCUGUUCGGCGAAGUUCUACAGUUAGUUUUCCCGUCAGCUGAAAUCGUGGCCGGGGGAUACGCUCUAGCAGGUGGAGCUGGCUUUGUCGCCUCGACAACAAACACGACGUCGGUUGCGGUGAUCGCGAUGGAGUUCACUGGGCAGUUCGUCUACUCGAUCCCACUCAUGCUCUCGGUCAUUGUCGCUUCUGGAGUCGGCUGCGCGCUGCGGGUGUCCGUUUACGACAGCGUCAUCGCAAAGAAGGGAUUCACCUAUCUAUACACUCUCGAUCUCGAGGGCUUGAAGGCGCGCGACGUCAUGCUGCGGCGGUUCCCAAUUCUCUCGCCUGACAUGGAUGUCACACAACUAGGACAAGUUCUCAGUAUGGCAACGUCGACUCCAAUGCUGCCGGUUGUCGAGAGUCUGAACAGUAUGAUGUUUAUUGGCUGUGUGCCGCGCUGUGAGCUCGAGAACGUCAUCCACUUCGCCAUGGAGAACGAAAAUCAGUAUUUCUUUCAUUUUCGCUCUGUACUAAAGUUGCCGAAGCUAGUCGACAUCGCGAUUCCAUCCGUAACUGGACCAACCGCAGCAAAAGACGACGCAGAGUCUAGAUUAGCAGAGUGCACGGCAGAUGAACCAGAAGCCACGACAAAACUUGUUAGAAGUGCUGUUGAAGUUGUGUUCGACGCCCCAAUCGCACGGAAAUUUGUCCAAGAAACUCCACUUCAGCAGGCACAACCGCCGCUUGAAAUUGACUCGACUGCGCUUCAAGUGGAUCCUGACAAGCCCCUAGAAAAAGUUCACCUGCUGUUCGAGAUGAUCAAGUGCUCAAGCAUAUGGGUCACUCGGCAAGGUCGUCUCGUGGGGCUGCUGCACCGACAAAACCUGCAUAUCCGGGUUGCUGAACUCAAGCUUAAGGGCGCACGCUAUCCGGCUUGCUCUGGUCACUAA